GUUUGGCUAGAAGCAUAGAUGAUCAUGGUUUUGUAUAUUCGUAUGUAGCGUUGAGGGGGAAGCUUUCUUGUGAGAGUAAUGCUACAUACAGUCAUUUUUGCGCACUCCCUGCAUACUCCACUGAUAUGAUUGGCUAGAUUAAUUUUUUUUUAAUACACAACCAAUCAUACACUGGAGUGUACAAAGGAUUCCGCAAAAAUGACUGCACAUAGAAUUUUCCUUCUUGUGAUGGGGCAGUUGGGUGAUUGGCUGGCUGCCUUAGUGAAAAGCAGCAGAUUCUGAUUCCUGAUAGCAUGUCCUCUUUCUAUUGCAGAAACAGAAAUAAUUUGUACAGGUUUCAAAUGGACAAAUUUUACUCAUACUUUUAUAAAAAAGUGAAUUCUUCCUUGAAAAAGUAUAUAAAAAAUUAAUUUUUUUUAGAGAAUUCACCUUUUUACUAAAAAGAUAUGCUAGACUUGUUGAUACGAGAGACUUGUAUCUAAUAUUACUUGGUACGAUUUUUUGCCCUAAUGAGUUCUUUCGGUGAGGGGGGAUGACUGAAGUCCUUUAAUGUUUGAAAAUGUCCUUGACUUUGUGGGGGUGAAACCUAAAUUGUCAAUGCUAUACGUGGGCUUGCGGGUGAUAGCAAUCAAAGAUGCUAGGCAUGAUUGGGUGCUUUCUUUGUAACAUGCUUGUGUACGGUGGACUGUGAUCUUGCUCCAAAACAUUUGAAAGGAUUAAUCCGUCUCCUGCUGGUUGACCCAGAAGUAGGCACAACUAAAUGGAUGUGCAUGGCAUCUUCUCUCCGCCUGCUCAGGAGAUCAUCAUGCAUAGCCUUUCUCCUACUCCCCACUCUCUCGCGCCGGAUAUCUGAUCGGGGCGCCUAACCUUUUGCCAUGAGCCACCACAUGCGCCGUGAGUCCCUAGCUUCACCUCACAUCGCCUCCCGGCCUGACUACCAAGAGGCCGUCGAGGAGGACUUAGCCUGGUCAUUGGGCAAGCUUGCCGGGAUUGAUCGCCAUGACAUCCGAGAAACUGCGUACGAAGUAUUCUUCACGGCAUGUCGGUCUUCCCCGGGGUUCGGUGGUCGUAAUCCACUCACAUUCUACUCGUCGAAUAACCAGGAGAACAACGGGGACGGGUUGGGGAUCAAGGGGCCGAAACAGUAUGGGGUGGUGAUGAGCCCGACCAGCCGGGUGAAACGUGCGUUGGGGUUGAAGGCGCUGAAGCGGUCACCGUCAAAGAGGAUGGCGUCGGGCGUGGGGGGCAGUGGGAGUUUUGGCGGGUCGAAUCCUUCGUCCCCAAUCGCUCACGGUAGCCAGCUUGCCUUGUCGUUCACGGUGCCACAGCCGAUGAGACCAAGGCGGCCGAUGACGUCGGCCGAGAUCAUGAGGCAACAGAUGCGGGUGACGGAGCAAAGCGAUACUCGACUUCGGAAGACACUGAUGAGGACCCUCAUCGGCCAAGUGGGUAGGCGAGCGGAAACAAUAAUCCUCCCUUUAGAGCUUCUCCGCCACCUAAAGCCAGCGGAAUUCAAUGAUUCCCGAGAGUACCAUCUUUGGCAAAAGCGGCAGCUCAAAAUCCUAGAGGCAGGGCUUCUCCUCCACCCUCCAAUCCCUUUGGACAAAUCAAACACCUUCGCCAUGCGUCUGAGAGACAUUGUACGUUCUGGAGAGAAAAAACCGAUAGACACAGGGAAGAAUUCCGACACCAUGAGAACGCUUUGCGAUUGCGUGAUUGCAUUAUCAUGGCGAAGUGCCAGUGGAACUCCCACAGAUGUUUGCCACUGGGCUGAUGGGUUCCCUCUCAAUAUCCACCUCUACAUUGCUCUUCUUCAAUCUGUCUUUGACAUUAGGGAUGAGACACUAGUCCUCGAUGAGGUUGAUGAGCUUUUAGAGCUAAUCAAGAAGACUUGGUCAACAUUGGGAAUCACCCGACCUAUGCACAAUGUGUGUUUUACGUGGGUGCUCUUUCAACAAUAUGUUGUGACUGCACAGAUAGAACCAGACCUUCUUUGUGCUUCCCAUGCUAUGUUGGUCGAAGUUGCAAACGAUGCCAAGAGACCAAACAGAGAGUCCAGUACAUAUGUCAAGAUCCUGUCGUCAGUAUUGACUUCGAUGAAGGGUUGGGCAGAGAAGAUAUUGCUUAAUUACCAUGAUUAUUUCCAUCCGAGAAAUGUUGGCCAAGUUGAAAACCUUCUUCCUUUGGUGUUAACUGCCUCACAGAUUUUAGGUAAAGAUGUUAUAAUCACUGAAGGGGCAGGGCAAGAGGAAGGAGAGGUAACUUUGGUGGACUCGUCUGGGGAUGGUGUUGAUCACUAUAUUCGAUCAUCCUUGAAAAAUGCAUUUUACAAGAUAGUCGAAAAUGGGAAUAUUGUCAAAAGUGCCAUCGCCGAAGAGAAACAAGAUGCAAGUGAAGCUCUACUUCAAUUAGCCAAGGAAACUGAGGAUUUGGCAUUGAAAGAGAGGGAAAGCUUUAGUCCCAUACUCAAAAGAUGGCACCCAACUGCAGUUGCAGUCGCUGCUGUGACGUUGCAUAGUUGCUAUGGAUCUGUUCUAAAACAAUACUUAGGCGGGGUAUCCAUGCUCACAGCUGAGACAGUGGGGCUAUUUCAGAGGACUGGAAAACUAGAAAAGUUUUUGGUCCAAAUGGUAGUAGAAGACUCUGCUGAGUGUGCCGAUGGAGGCAAAGCGAUCGUGCGAGAGAUGGUUCCAUAUGAAGUUGAUUCAAUUAUAUUGAACCUCUUGAAAAAUUGGAUGGAUGAGAGGUUGAAGAAAGGGAAAGAGUGUAUCCAAAGAGCAAAAGAGACCGAAACAUGGAAUCCAAAAUCCAAAUCAGAUCCUUAUGCACAAUCAGCUGUAGAUUUAAUGAUGUUAGCCCAGGAAACUGCAAACGAGUUCUUCGAAAUCCCAAUAGAAAUUUCUGAAGAUUCAGUUCUAGAUCUUGCUUAUGGUUUGGAGAGUCAGUUCCAGGAAUAUGUUACAUUUGUUGCAUCAUGUGGUUCAAAACAGAUCUACAUCCCUAUACUUCCUGCUCUAACCAGAUGUAAUCGAGACUCAAAAUUCCUCAGGCUGUGGAAAAAAGCAGGCCCAUGCAAUAUUGGUGUGGAAGAAUUACACAAAACUGGAGUAAAUGAAGGUCACCAUCCUCGCCCAUCAACCAGCAGAGGAACACAACGCCUCUACAUCCGUCUCAAUACCCUGCAUUAUCUUCUUUUCCACCUUCAUUCCCUUGACAAAGUCCUCUCCCUCUCCCUCUCCCAACGGAUUGUUCCUUCAACUCGCAAACAUUUUGCCACCAGCCUGAGGUCCAAUGACACCUCUUAUUCAUACUUUGAGCUGUCUUGCUCAUCCAUCCAAGAAGCUUGCAAACAUGUGUCAGAUGUUGCUGCUCAUCGCCUCAUCUUCCUUGACUCAAAGUCUGUCUUCUAUGAUAGUCUCUAUGUUGAUGAUGUAGCCAAUGCACGGAUCCGUCCAGCUUUGCGUAUUUUGAAGCAGAAUCUCACUCUCAUGACUUCAAUUCUCACAGACCGUGCCCAAGCCUUGGCAAUAAGAGAAGUCAUGAAGGCCUCGUUCAAGGCUUACCUUAUGGUUUUGCUUGCUGGGGGAUGCUCUCGGGUGUUCUAUUGGUCUGAUCAUGAGAUGAUUGAGGAGGAUUUCAAGGGUUUGAAACGAGUUUUCUGCACUUGCGGAGAAGGAUUGAUUGCUGAGGAAGUGGUGGAGAGGGAAGCCAAGAUAGUGGAAGGGGUGAUAACAUUGAUGGGUCAAUUUACUGAACAACUGGUGGAAGAUUUUAAUACUAUGACCUGUGAAACAUGUGGAAGUGCAGUUGUGGGUUCAGGGCAAAAGUUACCAAUGCCUCCAACAACGGGAAAAUGGAAUAGAUCGGAUCCCAAUACAAUAUUAAGGGUGUUGUGCCACAGGAAUGAUAGUGUUGCAAAUCAGUUCUUGAAGAGGACAUUCCAUUUAGCCAAGAGGAGAUGAAGAGAAUUGUUGUUCAUUCUGAUUCUGAUUCUAAUUCCGACUUCUGGUCGCGUUCUUAUGAAGGAAGAACACAGAUGAAGUACUACAUUUAUGGGGGUUUGUUAUGCGGAAAGAACUUCCUAAACCUGAACGCAAAAAAUAAAGAUUUUGCUGACGGUCGAGAGAGCGUUAACUUAGUUUUCAAACUGGUCAUAUACAUGCACUAUUAGGCGAAAGUUUGAUAAUAGUUAGAGAUGGUGUAUGUGAAUUGAAGGUCAAAUAACCAUCUUCAAGUCUUGGUUGUACAGGUGGCAAUGAAAUAAUUUAUCAAAAUAACAAAACGCUUCAUAUUUCUUCUU